AGCUGUUGUAGUCAAAUUUAAACUCAAGGAGAACAGUUUAAUCCUAUUGGGAGCAGGCCUUGCAGAGUUUGAUCAGUCAUGUGUUUACAUGUCCUGGUGAUGGUGAUUUCAAAAGUCCGAAUGCCGCUUUGACAUUUAAAAUAAUCUCGGGGGAUCGUAAUGGACAGUUUGCAGUUGACAGAAAUGCUGUACUUACGGUCCAAAAGACAUUAGAUCUAGAACACCAGUCUGUCUAUACUUUAAUUGUGCAAGCUGUUGAUCAGUCUCAAUGUGAUUCAACAUGUUUCACAAGUAGUGCAUGGAUAACUGUGAAGCUCAAUGAUGUGAAUGAUAACACACCUGAGUUCAGAACUGCAAACACUAUCUACCUUCCUGAAGAUACUUCUGUUGGUUCAGUAAUAAUGACAGUAACCGCUGUGGAUCUGGAUAGUGGGCUCAAUGGCCAGGUUGAAUACUCUCUGCAGGAGCACACAAGGAACAAGUUUAGCAUCAACGCAACAAGCGGAGAACUUAGCAUCAUUGGAGAUAUUGAUGGAGAAAAAAUGGAAAGGGUUAUAAUAGACGUGAUUGCCUCAGACAAAGGAGAGCUGUCACUAUCUUCCUCAAUGAGCAUUACAGUAAUCAUUAUUGAUGUUAAUGACAACAGUCCUGUCUUCACAGAAAACAUUUAUACUGUCACAGUGGAUGAAAAUAUACCUCGUGGCUCAGAUUUGCUUGUCGUUUCAGCUGCUGACUCUGAUGAAGGCAAAAAUGGACAAGUUCGAUAUAUUAUUAAUAGCAAGGACUUUUACAUUGAUUCAGUCACAGGAUUAAUCUCAGUUUCAGGAAAAUUGGAUCGUGAACAAACCCCAUGGUGUUCCUUUGUGGUAUUUGCAUUGGAUGGUGGAAAGAGUCCCAGGACAGGGACAGCUACUGUCACUGUUAUACUCAGGGAUUUCAAUGAUUUUGCACCCAUCAUUCAGCCCAUGCAAAUGACUUUUCAUCUCAUGGAGAAUACAAAUACAGUUCCACAAAUUGUACAUCAGGUAUUUAGCAGAUUAACUUUUAAAAAUAUCUUCUUUGUGUACUGUGGCAGUUGUUUUGAUUCUUUGUUUAUAUUUAAUCAAACCAGAUUUCUGUAAAGGUACUCUGACCAUUCUAUUCGUCUUCUGUUUCAAAUGUUAGUCUUCCCAUGAAAGAUGCAAUAAUUGCUGCCUUAACUGUUUCUUGUGAAAAGCAUUAUAAGCAUUAAAAACUUUCAUGGAACAUUUCUCCUCAUUAAUCAGUGACAUUGCUGAUGACCAAGUUCCUGAGGUGACAGGCAAUGCAUUGUAGGGAGCAUCUCUCAAAACACUUGGCAUUUUAGCAUGGACACACUUUCUGGUAAAUAAUACAUUGAAUUUGGUAGAAUAUUUGGUUACCUGCAUCUGU